AUGGAUAGUCAGCGAUUUUUGAACUUUACGCGCGAGGAAGAGGACUUUGCCGCUCGUCAUAGUGACGUCAAUGAUUGCGUCUUGCUUUCUGAUUGGUUUAGAAACCUCUCAGAAGCCAACACAGCUGGCAAGAGGACAACAAAUAUGCCGCGGAAACUGAGAUCCACAAGCUCUGGUGACAAACCAUCAGUUGUCAGGAAGCAUGAUGACCCCACAAGUACAUCUCAAGAGGCUGGUGAGUCAACCUCCUCACCUGGUGGGAUAUCAUGCAUGUGUGCACCAUCAUCAAGAAGCUACAGUAGUGAACCAGGCCCAUCUACAUCUCGACAAACUGAUGCUGCACGUUUAAGAAGAGGGAGCAACUACUCCCAUACAGGAGAUGGCAAAUCACAGACUAGGUCUUUUCUGGAUCUCCUUGAUGAAAGUGACUUCAGUGAGAGUGAUGAUGACUGGCUACCCGAGGCAGUGACGUCAUCUGGGAGACUAAUUGGAGUUGAAGAAGCUGUCACUUCUUCGGACUCGGAUUCUGAAGAGGAUCUCCAGGAGAUAUCUGUAUCUUCAACUGCUGGGGAGCCAAGAAGAUUGUUUUACCUACGAAAUAAAUCUUUCGUAGACCAUGCUCCUCAGAAUGCAACAGAAAAUUUAGGAGCUUGUAACUUACUGAAACCAAUUGAGUAUUUCCUAUCUUAUGUCAGUGAGGAUUUUUUGGGAGAUAUUGCAAUGUAUACAAAUAUGAAAUCAAUUGAAACUACAGGUGCAUGUAUUAACACAAACAGCAAAGAAAUUGCCACUUUCAUAGGAAUGACAUUUGCUAUGUCAAUCAUAAAGAUGCCAAGAAUUAGAAUGUAUUGGCAGUCAAAAACUAGGAUCCCUUGGAUAGCUGAUAAAAUGGCAAGAGACAGAUUUUUCCGUCUCAGACAUUCGUUAAAGGUUAUUAAUGAUAACACUGUAUUGGAAGACGACAAAAAAAGUGACAGGUUAUGGAAAGUAAGACCUUUGUUGGAAGCAGUACGAACUCGUUGCAGCGAGUUGCCAAGGCCAUCGAAGGUCAGUAUUGAUGAAAGCAUGAUUCCUUUUCGAGGUAGAAUCAGUAUCAGGCAACAUGUCCCUGGCAAACCUUUCCCAGACGGGUUAAAAAUGUUUGUCCUAGCUUCUCCAAGUGGAAUGGUACUCGAUUUUGAAAUUUUUCAAACUAAAGAAGCAUUGCUAUCCAUUAUUGAAAAGCUGAAUGUUAAACCUGACAGAACCCUCACAACUGGUGAAGCAGCAGUAUUAAGGUUUGUGCGCAGUGUGGAUGCUGGCACAAGUAUCUUUUUUGAUAGAUUUUUUACAAGCUCAAACUUAUUGUGUGAUCUGUAUGACAGAGGCCUUCGAGGAACAGGCACAAUUAAGAAAAACAUGGUACCUAAAGAGGCUAAGCAAAAUUAAAGACUGAGGCAACCU